AUGGCCGAUCUACGUGCCCUUGUUAAGAGUGAGCAACGUGUGCUGAAUACUCUGGAAGGAUUGGAGACUUUCGCGCGGAGGUACAAUCCCACCCAGGACGAAGCACAACUUGCAGUGCGCCUAGAUGCCCUGGAGUCAAUCUGCAAGGAGUUCUACCGAAUUCGUGAACAAAUUGAGCUGCUAACGGACGAAACCGCUGAAGAUGAGGACGACAAGGAUGUACGAUUGCGUGAAAAGGCCAACCUGGCGGCACUUACCGAGUUCGAGGAGCGGUAUUUUCGUCUGAAGGCCAGUCUCACAUCGAAGCGAGCUACCCCACUACCAACCGCGACGACAUUCGGAAUCGGUCAACCUGGUGACCGGUCUGAAUCCUCUUUUUCAAAGGUGAAGCUACCAGAGAUUCGCCUUCCGUCGUUUGGUGGGAGGAUUAAGGAGUGGGUCCCGUUCCGAGACAGCUUUUGCAGCUUGAUCCAUGAGAACAAGCAACUCAACGACAUGGACAGGUUCAGCUAUUUGAAGUCAACUCUUUCCGGAGAAGCGUUGCAAGAGAUCGAGGCUGUAGAGCUUUCAGCUGCAAACUAUAGCGUGGCUUGGAAGGCGCUGGAAUCUCGCUACGAGAAUAAGAAGCUCAUAGUGAAAGCCCACCUCGAUGCUCUUUUCGCCGUGGAAGGCAUGAAACGCGAGAGCUACGAUGGCUUGAGCAACCUCAUGAGCGGGUUCGAGAAGAACCUCCAGAUGCUGCAGAAGAUUGGAGAAGACACCGCUGCGUGGAGCACAAUUCUGGCCUACAUGGUGUAUUCCCGGCUGGAUCCUGCUACGUUACGGCAGUGGGAAACGCACCAUAACUCCAAAGACGUGCCAACGUACCAGAACAUGCUCGCAUUCCUACGCAGCCAUUGUGCAGUACUGCAAUCCGUCGCUCCCGUGAGUUCGAAGCCAAGCAGUUCCGAUUAUCGCUCAUCGAAGCCAUCCGUGUGCCAUACCACCGUGAAUCUAAUGAGAAAGUGCCCAUUCUUCGGAGAUUCGUGGCAUUCCGCCUUCGUCUGUGGCAAGUUCCAGCGGUUACAAGUUGCUGAGCGCCUCGAAGUGGUGUUCAAGGCAAAGCUGUGUCGGAAUUGUCUCAGCCUUGGCCAUUGGGCCCGAUACUGCGACAAGGGAACCUGUCGUCACUGCCAGCAGAAGCACCACACUCUUCUGCAUGGAGCACCAAUCCGAUCCUCCGUUCCACAAUCGCAGUCAAAUCCUCCGACACAAACCAGACAACAGCCACAAUCCCCGCAACCAAGACCGAACCCGAGACCACAGACAUCAAACGCUAGCUACACUACACCCAGCAACUCUCAACGACCGAGCACUCAGUCACCAGCCACCAACACUGCCACAUCCACCACCCAAACACACAUUGCACUCCCAGUUACUCCCAUACGCAACAUUCUGCUCUCCACCGCCCUUGUCAAAGUUCAAGAUCGUCACGGCAAUACCAUGCUAGCACGAGCCCUGCUGGAUUCGUGCUCCCAGCACUGCCUGAUGACGAAAGAGUUCUCCAGCAGAAUGCAUUUCCACGCGUCGCCAUCACUUCUCUCCGUUCAAGGAAUCGGUUCGUCGAUCAGCACGUCGACGAAAAUCGUCAGCGCUGUAGUUCGGCCAAGGUUGGAGGGCAUGUCGGCAUUCUCGCAAGAGAUGCAUUUCAAUGUUCUCCCGCAGCUGACUGUUUCGCUACCGACAGCCAGUUGUAGCAUUAGCGGAUGGAACCUUCCCGAAGCAGUCCAUCUCGCCGAUCCGCGUUUCCACGAGCCAGGACCGGUAGAUAUCAUAAUCGGAGCAGAGUACUACAUGGACCUGCUUCGAAACGAGCGACACAAGGCGACUGAAGAUGGUCCCACACUCCAGAACACCGAGUUUGGCUGGAUCGUGUCCGGCAAGAUACCUGAUCACCCUGUCGGAUCGCCAUCUUUGACCUUCGUCUGCUCCACGGAUGACCCUCUGAGUCCCAAGUUGCAGGAGCAAAGGCAGGAGUACAGCCGCAGUCUAGCUGGAUUAGAAGACCUAACUGUUCCCCGUUGGAUAGGAACCUGCGAUCAAGCUAUUGCCGUUGAACUACAAUGCUUCUGCGACGCGUCAAACAAGGUGCUUGUUUCUACGUGCAGGAAAUCUCCGAAACGGGGGAGGUGUGUGAGGUUGCUGACGGCGAAAUCACGAGUUGCUCCACUCGACAACCUGAAAAGGGGGAACAGGCGUCUAUCGACCCCACGGUUCAAGCUAUCGUCUGCUUUGCUGUUGGCCCACCUCUUCGAAAAGGUCGUGAGCAGCCUUAGCAAACGUGCAAGGUGCUUCUUCUGGACGGACUCAACCAUCGUCAAGUGUUGGCUAUCGUCGUCGCCGUCAAGAUGGAAGCAGUUCAUCGCAAGGGUUUCGGAGAUUCAGCAGAUCACGAAGGACGGCGUCUGGAACCAUGUUGCUGGACUGCAAAAUCCGGCGGAUAUCAUUUCCGGUGGAAUGGAUCCAGUACAGUUGCAGUACAGAUCGCUCUGGUUCAGUGGACCGCAUUGGCUGAGGUCGGACGAGUGCAACUGGCCAUCAACCCCACCGAUCAGCGAAGACGAUUUCGAUCCGGUGGAUCUCGAAGUCAAGAGCGUAUCUGCAGCACUUCCAGUCAUCGAACCAAGCGAUAUCUUCAGCCUCCGAUCAUCGUUCAGCGACCUCCAGCACAUCAAAACAUGGAUUUUACAUUUCCGCUUCAAGUCGCAAACUAGAGAGAGAGAAUCGUCGAAGUUCCCAGAUCUGAAGCCACAACUCGGGGUACUGUGUGUUGGCGGCCGGUUUCGACACGCGUCAAUCAAGAAUCGGCGCUCAGCCUAUCAGAAAGCUCAGCGGUACGCAUAUCAGUUGUGGGAAAACUGGUCCAAGCUGUACCUUACGGAACUACACAAUCGGACGACUUGGACUGUACGUCGGAACAACGUCGCAGUAGGGACCAUGAUGGUCCUAAAGGGUGAAGAACGACCGCCUCUGAAGUGGCAGCUCGGCCGGGUGAUAGACGUUCACACUGGCGAAAACGGGAAUGUGCGGGUCGUAGCAGUCAAGACCAAAGACGGCAGCUACCGCAGAGCAGUAUCUAAGAUCUGCGUUCUGCCCAUCCGUGACAAUUUUGCAUCGUCGAAUGGGGAGAACUAG